AUGAAGGAUGUCGAAUCGAACAGUAUCGAUACAAUUAUAAUGACAUUUGUUCUGUGUAGUGCACCUGAUCCAUUACCUGAACAGUUACUAAUAGAAGCACACCGUGUUUUGAAAUCGGGCGGAGAAUUACAUUUGUUAGAUCAUGUCUUAUCCGAUCCAAAUGUGAAACCAAUGACAAACUUAUUUCAAAAAUUAGUUAAUCCCCUAUGGGCCAUUAUUGAUGAUGUUUGUCGCUUCAAACCAAUUGUGAACUAUUUAAAUCAGAUGAAAACGACCUAUUCUAAAGUUGAUUAUCAGAAUAUCGGAGUACCUGUUCCUUUCUUUCUUAUCAGCGAUGCUAUCAAGGGUGUGCUCACCAAAUGA